AUGUACAAAUGCGUGAGAUCGAGCUCCUCCCUCGUUGGGAAAACUCAAAAUGUGGAAAAAGCACUUACCGGUUUCGAGCAUGGAAUGACUCGGGAGCUCUACCGCUCGGAUCCGAAGCUCUAUAAAUACAGAAUUCUACAGAAAUCCGCUCCCGAUUUAAUAAAGCUUCAACUCGCUCCAGAAACAAGACUGCUCUCCCGUCCUGAUCAGCUAAAGAAAGGAAUUUACAAACCAAGUCAACCAGCUUUCUAUAACUUCGACUCCUUCGAAAAUUACGAUAUCACAGAUUUAGUCAAGCCUAAUGUGGAGACUGAUUAUGGAAGAUCCGGAAGAAUCGACGCUCCCAGAUCGAAACAUGCGACCAAAAGAUGGGUUAAAGAAAAUGCGGACUUUCAAGUUUGGUUGAAAGAGCAAGAGGGCGCGGAAUUUAUAAGGAAGACGCCGAUGUCGAUGCUCAAUAAUUAUGAAGGAUUCGGCGUUGGCUCAAAUGGAAUCCUCGCCCCCGAUAAAUGCACAGAGCACGAGCUUGUUUUCCUGCAACGAAGUGGUCACCACAGUCGCAUAUAUACCGGCGUUCGUCAUGAAAGUUGGUACAAUCGCUGGAAGGUCGCGCCCCUCGCUGGAGGAAGCAAGCGCUGGAAUCAAAAAUUGAAGCUCUUCAAUAAUAUCGGCCUAGCAAGCGUUGCUACAGCUGCAUCUCUCAAUCUAAUGCCUCUUUUUGGCUUGACAAAACUGGCGAUGGGAACUCCUGCUUCAUUAUCCGCAGUUUUAUCGAUGGAUCCAGUGGUCUUUUGCUCCUUAUGGCUAGCUUCGCACUUAAUUACUGGAGCCCUUUAUUAUUUUCAAUAUAUAACGCCCCUGGUGAAAAAUAUUUAUUGGGAGCCAGAUACAAGAUGCGUUAUUGUUGAAUUGAUGAACUUCAUGUCGAAAUGGAACCUAGAAAAGCGCUUCGUAAACAAAGGCCAUUUUCCAACAGUAAUCAAAAUACCUCAGAAAUAUCUGAGCAGGGAAAUGUACGAUGUCAAAGAAUCUGGCAAUUCGAUUCUAUUUGACUUUGCAAAACAAGAAGCCUCUGGAUCGCCAGACGGAUCUCUACCUCAUAACACGGAGCAAUUCAUUCAAGACGUCGAUGGUAUCUAUUUCGAAUCAAGCAGACACGGAAGAUGCUUGGUUUUGAAGUCGAUGCCGCUAGUCAGUGGAACUGAAGAAUAUUUAGAGAAAUUGCCUCCCUUUAAUUUAUUACUUGAUCAUUUAAAUCGGCGAGUUACAAAUGCCAAUCCCGAACUCACGCCUGAAGUUGAUUUAUCUGAUGAAACGACAGCAGAGUUCUACGACAACGAAAAUUUCAAAUUCGGCCCGGAGCGAUGGGAGUUUGAAAGAAGAACGCUGGAAUAUCAAAACAGUUGA